AUGACUGAAAACCGUCGCACGUCAGCCGUCUCGUCGCCCAAGAUACCCCCGGCGCCGCCACUGCCACUGCCCAAGCAAAAGUCGCGCUCGUACUUUGAACGCUUCGUUGCGCAGCCCUUGACGACUGCCUAUGGAUCCCGCCCACCCAGUGUGCAUGCCCAUGGCCCAGAUGGCGGCCCUCCGAACCCUCUAGUGCCCAAGCUUGCCGGCAUCCGCACAGGCUAUUCCCAAGAUGCAAGCCACAAGACAGGCCUCGACAUCUCUGCCCUCGACAUCAACCGUGAACGUACCCAUGCCGUUCUCGCCGGUAAGGAAAUUCUAAAAACUGUCCGCGUGCAAGAUGCCAAGAUCGUCGACGAGACCAACCUGCGUGCUGCUGUCCUCCACUAUGCCGACUCGCAUGCCCGCCAGCGCGACGGCUUGAGCAUACACGACGUAAAAUGGUCCCACGGCCAGUUCAGCUCGCAUAUCGCAACUGCCGCUGCCAAUGGCAAAGUCAUACUGUACGACCUGAACCGCGCAAGCGUCGAGCUCACCAGACUGCACGAGCAUACGCGUCAGGUACACAAGCUGGCUUUCAACCCUCAUCAAGGCCAUCUGCUGCUGUCUGCGAGCCACGACAACACCGUUCGCCUGUGGGACCUACGCGACAUGCGCAGAGACGUCACCGUCUGUCGCAGUCGAGACCACUAUGCUGGCAUGAACGGUGGCAUUCGUGAUGUUCAGUGGUCACCUACUGACGCUGUAGAAUUCGCUUUCGGUACUGAUAACGGAACCAUCCAGCGAUGGGAUUUCCGCCAUAACAAGGGUCCUAAGCAGAAGAUUACCGCUCACGACCAGCGCAUCUGCACCUCCAUCGACUGGCAUCCAGACGGCAAGCAUCUAAUCAGUGCUGGCGUCGAUCGAACGGUCAAGGUCUGGGACUUCUCCAUCACUGGCCGCCGCCAGAAAGCUGCUUACGUCCUGCACACACCGUUCCCAGUCUACCAAGCGCGCUGGAGACCACCGUACUGGUCCGACGAGUACCACGAGAAGGGCGCCUACCAAUGCACACAGCUCGCCACGUCUUAUGAUCGCGAACACUCCGUCAUCCAUGUGUGGGACUUCCGUCGACCGUUCCUGCCAUUUCGGGAGAUUAAUAAGUUUCCUAGUGCUCCCUCCGAUAUGCUUUGGCACUCGCGUGACACCCUGUGGACUGUGGGGAAGGAGGGCAUUUUCCAGCAAAACGAUGUCCAUCACGCCCCAAAGACCGUAGAUCGGCGCAACCUGCAGUCUCUUGCAGUAUCGCCAAGUGGAGAAGUCGCCGCUGUUGCCCAGAAGAGGUCUCGGCAGCCGUCUUCUACAGGCUUGGCAUAUCCCGACGAUACGUACCUUGGUGAUCCACGUGCAAGACGCCGCCAUAGCCCUGAGAAAGGGAGUCUUAGAAGCUCAGCGGACGAUAGCUUAGAUGACAGCUUCCUGAUGUCGUCAAUGAAGCGGCAUCAUGGUCGCACCGCCAGUAACAGGUCAACCAAAUCGUUUAGCAGUACCCCGCCCUCUGACAUUGCACCCAAAGUCAUGUUUCUCAGUGAUUCUAUGGUCGCCUAUAGCGAAUCAUUCAGACCAAAUCAGGUCGCAAUACGAGGCAUAUUGCCAGGCGUGGCCAACCCUCAGAUUUUCGAGUAUCUCGCACAGAAGUAUAAGACCAUACCUCUUUCCGAUCCACCUGACUUGGAUUCCUUCCUCCGGCUGGAGAGGAUCUUUGAGCAGAAUGCCGAGUACGCACAGCGGGCAGCCUUCUAUAGGCUCGCGCAGGCAUGGCGACUCGUUGGUACGUCCAUUGCUGUGGCGACACGACGACGUGCCGAGUCACACAGACAGCGAAGAAGGCUACAAUCGCAGAACACAGCGCUCCGACAGUCUGAGAAGAUGUACCAAAUGUCCUCUGAGCACAUGGAGCCACACGAAAAGCGCUUGACGAUCCCCCCAAAUCCUGCAGUGCGAGCUAUCUUGGGUACGCUAGAGAAGCCGGCAUCACCGUCCCGAUCGCCAUCGAUGCGAGAGAGCACGUCCAAUCUCGCAACCCCUCUUGCUCGUCCAGUCAUGAACCAAGCUGUCAACAAUACUCAUAGACCAGACUUGCUCGAUAUUGAUCAGGAGGACAUUGAUCAGCUUCCGCCCGCUGUAACUGGACCACCUGUCGAUGCGAACAAAACACUUGCACCGUCGCAAAGAACGUUCAGUGGACCACAAUGGUACCACUCGGGAGACGACAUUGACGAACGCCGUGCUUUGGUCGGCAGCUACCGCGCAUCGCCCCGAAUCCCAUUGAGUCUCGCGCCGAACAGCGCACAUGGCGCUAACAUGAACGUGCCUCCCCCACUAGAGCGACAUGAUUCUGGUGAAAGCUUCACCAUGUUCUCUGCGUCCUCGGAUUCUCAGAGGGGCAAUUCCAUGCCAAGCUCCUUCGCUAGUACCAAUUCGCGAGUAGGCCAGGAGCAGUCUUUGUCAGAUGACUGGCAAGCUGUGCAGGAACACUCCAGCUUUGGAAAGCCAAGGAACGCUGGAGAUCGAGAGUUAGGCAAGAGUAUCUCGAUAUCUCCAACAACAGUGCCUAUUGGCAAAAGUAUCGCUCAUGCAAACCAGAUAUAUCCACAAAGUUCCGCGGAUGGGUUUGACAGUGGAGAAAGAGCUGUUCGCGAUAUGGAACAUCUCCGACGAAAUAAUCAACUGCUCCGUCACGACAGUUCUGAUUCCGAAGCGCUCACGAGUAUCUCCUCGUCAUCGUUCGAAUUCAAUGCUGAAAUGGAGGCAAGCGGAACCAUUGUGCCUGAUGUAUUCGAGGACGUGAGAUCGCCGUACGUCCCUAAGCCACCCGCUCCAUUACCACAUGUGUCCGGGGGUGCGCCUCCGAUUCUCGACCCAGCAGCCGAGGAAGGAUUACUGCUGUCUGAUUUUCAGGCUGUGCACGUUGAUGCCGAAGUUGGUUCCCCCUAUUCCGUGAUUGGACUGCUGAAUCAUCUUCUCGAUUACCAUACGGAAGCUUCGGAUGCACAGUUCAGUUCGAUUCUCCUUUUGCUUCUAGCUCCAUUGUUACCACAAACUCACGGCCCCACUGAUACUCCAGAUGUUCAUGUGGGAGACGUCUUGAACGCCUUCAGUGAUACCUUUGUCUCCUUAGGUCUAACUCAAGCACAAGCAAAAGCCAUACUCUCGAUGCAAUUGAGCCAACUGAUAGCUACUGGUAUCAAUCCCUACCAAGCAGAGUCCAUCCUUCACACCUACCAUGCGCAGCUACAAUCCUUGUCGCUAUUCAAUUCCGCCGCUACCCUCCGUCGAUUAGCGUAUCCGACAUAUCCUGCCGUCUACGAGCAAGCGCUGAAAGAAACACAAGUUGGCCUACUGUGCCUAAGCUGCAAGUCACCGAUCAACAAUCCUAGAGACAAGAUGCGAUGCGAAUCAUGCAAGCGAACGCAGGCACCCUGCCCGAUUUGCUGGGCCAAAUACCCGGCUUUCGAAUCGAUCACCGCAAAGAAGAAAUCGAAGGCGAAGUCGCGCUCGGCCUUCAAGGAUAAAGAACAUAAAAGACAACGAUCGUCCCUCAUGUCGAAUCCAGACCAUGAUGACGAUCAGGUCGCGGAUGGUCCCUCGCCGACCACUACCGCCAAUUGGUCGCCGCCUGCAGCCACACUCUGGACGUGGUGCCCACUUUGUGGACAUGGGGGGCAUUCAAAUUGUCUAUCAACAUGGUUUGCUGACCCGGUACUAUCAGAUGGUGCCUGUCCGACCGAGGGCUGUCUUUGCGACUGUGUCCAAGGCAAACGCCGCGACGCAAAGAUUCAGGAAAUGCUACUCAAGAAAGCAGAGAAGGACCGAUCGAAGAUCGUGCGCAAAGGCGACGAUUGGAAGGUGGGGGAGAGUAAAGCCGUGUCCGCGGUUCGGAAUGCUGCUCUUGAUACUAUUCCAGAUCAACAGCAGCCGAAUUCUGGGACCACAACACCGACUCGUCGAUGA